GUUAACACACGUAAGUGUUUCACUGUAUGGAUAGGGAAGCUACACAGCCCUGAGGUGGUGCAUGUACAAUGCUGCACUGAUACUGAUACGUCAGGUCACCUAUUGUACACGGUACCUCGUUCGACACCAAGCAACACGGACAGCCAUGGCGGGGUCCCCUAGCAAGCUGCCUGUGGACACAGGAUGGGCCUGGACUAUCGUGCUGGGUCACUUCAUGAACCUGUUCUUCAUGGUGGGCAUCGCCAAGUCUAUUGGUAUUCUCCUGGAGGAGUUCCACCUCCACUUUGACGUUCCCAUGGCUGUAGCUACCAUGGUAAUGAGUGUCACAGGCAUCGUCUAUGCUUUUGCUGCACCCCUCAGCAUCCUGGUGGCGGAGAAGUUCACAGCCCGCAGAGUCAUUAUGGUGUCCGGAGUUGUGGCCCUUGUCAUGAUGGCCCUGAGCAGUCUGCUGGUCAACAUGGUGUAUGUCAUCCUGUUGUUUGGUGUCGGUUUUGGGCUUGGUAAUGCUGCCAUCUAUGGAAACGGCCUGAUCCUACUCGGUCAAUACUUCAAGAAACGUCGGUCAUUGGCCAAUGGCCUGGCACUGUCUGGGUCAAGCAUUGGCCAGUUUGUACUCCCCCCGGUCAUACAGUUCUUCCUGGAAACCUACUCACUAGGUGGCACUGUGUUGUUGAUCAGCGCCCUCUACUUUCAUGUGACACUGUUUGGAUCUCUCUUCCGCCCCAUUUCUUACUACCAGAAGGAUUCACUGAGUGAUGAAGACAAAUUUGUUGACAUACUUGAAAUGGAGAAAUGUCAUGACAGUGAUGUUCAUGAGAAGGCUAAGAUGGUCACAAGCAAUGGGGAGAUUGGUGUGGAGAACAUGAGUGACCAUGACGACCAUGAAGUGCAUGCAGUGAUGGCCAGUACAGGGAGUAUAUACCUGGGCUCCGUCACAAGCCUUGAAGACAUGACUACAGAACAUAACGCCAGUCGUAUCUACAAAGACCAACCAAACAUUUCAAUUAAUGUUGCUUCAGUACUCAGAAAAAUGUUUGAUUUUUCUGUUCUCAAAAACUAUGUUUGUGUUUUAUAUGUGAUUGUGAGUUUCUUAGGAUUUUUUGGCCAUUUUAAUUUUGUGUUAUUUCUACCCUCGUUUGCUUUAACUAAAGGCAUAACAAAGUACAACAAAGCCCUGUUGGUGUCUAUUUGUGGAGCGUGUGACCUGGCUGGACGUGUCCUCUUUGGCUUCGUGGGAGAUUUGAAUAUAAUUCAGAGAUACAAGAUUAAAAGUAUUUGUCUGAUACUUCUAGCAGUAAACACAGCAAUGUUUAUCUUUGCUGACACGUUUGCAUGGAUUGCAGUUCACUCUGCUUUGUAUGGGUUUUUGGGAGGAGGAUUCGUUGGCAUGAUAGCUGUGGUGCUGAUAGACCUUGUCGGCCUGGACAAGAUGGCGCGUGUCCUUGGCGUUGUCUUGCUGGUGCAGGGGAUUGGAGCUGCCACAGGGCAGCCGUUGUUAGGUUUGAUAAAGGACAUGACUGGUCAGUACGACAUUGUUAUCUACAUCUGCAGCAGUUGCUGUCUGGUCAGUGGGAUUUUACUGCUGUGCUGGCCUAUGGUCAGACGCAUGGAAAAACGACGGCAGGAACACAAGGGCACCACAACAUAGCAUGCUGGAAGAGUAAGGAUGGAUGGGGGAGUAAGGAAACCCACUGUCCACCAAAAAUGUCCUUAUGGUUGGGAGUAAGGAAAGAUACUGUCCACCAAGGAUGUCCUUGUGGUGAGGAGUAAGGAAACAUACUGUCCACCAAGGAUGUCCUUGUGGUGGGGAAUAAGGAAACAUACUGUCCACCAAGGAUGUCCUUGUGGUUGGGAGUAAGGAAACAUACUGUCCACAAAGGAUGUCCUCGUGGUGAGGAGUAAGGAAACAUACUGUCCACAAAGGAUGUCCUUGUGGUUGGGAGUAAGGAAACAUACUGUCCACCAAGGAUGUCCUCGUGGUGAGGAGUAAGGAAACAUACUGUCCACAAAGGAUGUCCUUGUGGUUGGGAGUAAGGAAACAUACUGUCCACAAAGGAUGUCCUUGUGGUUGGGAAUAAGGAAACAUACUGUCCACCAAGGAUGUCCUUGUGGUUGGGAGUAAAGAAACAUACUGUCCACCAAGGAUGUCCUUGUGGUUGGGAGUAAGGAAACAUAUUGUCCACCAAGGAUGUCCUUGUGGUUGGGAGUAAGGAAACAUAUUGUCCACCAAGAAUUUCCUUGUGCUGAGAAGUAAGGAAACAUAUUGUCCACCAAGGAUGUCCUUGUUGUUGGGAAUAAGGAAACAUACUGUCCACAAAGGAUGUCCUUGUGAGGAGUAAGGAAACAUACUUUCCACCAAGGAUGUCCAUGUGCUGAGAAGUAAGGAAACAUAAUGUCCACUAAGGAUGUCCUUGUUGUGGGGAAUAAGGAAAUAUACUGUCCAUCAAGGAUGUCCUUGUGGUGAGGAAUAAGGAAAUAUACUGUCCAUCAAGGAUGUCCUUGUGGUGGGGAAUAAGGAAACAUACUGUCCAUCAAGGAUGUCCUUGUGGUGGGGAAUAAGGAAACAUACUGUCCAUCAAGGAUGUCCUUGUGGUGAGGAGUGAGGAAACAUACUGUCUGCUUGACAAGUGUAUGUCCUCCAAAUGGCCAAAACAUGACAACAGUGUGCAUGACAACUUCCCAGUAAGCACUCCAUUUCAUGGCUUGCAGUUGUUGCAGUCUGCCAACUUUUGUGAAGGAAAGUUCCAGAAUUGUUUUAAACCCAUCUCCAACAAAAUGCAAGAUUUAUGUUAAAUUCGCAAUCGCAGAAAUGUAAUAGUUUGCUCUACACACAUGUGAAGUGUGUAAUAAUGUAUAGUUUUGCCCUGAACUAUGCAAACUAUAAUAGUUCAGGGCAACACAGGGGGUAGAGCGAACCUUAUUUCUUAAAUAUAUUGUUACUAAAUAUAAUAUAGUGGUUAUUGGAGGAUACAAUCUUUUUUAGCAAGUUCUAUAUUUGUUGUUAUAUACAUUUUUAUGUUGUGUUUGUUGUUAUUCAGUGUGUAUGUUCUAUGGCUGAUUAAUGAUGUACUGCCAAGGAUGUAUUGUUACCUGAUCUUGAGGAGUACUGGAGUUUACCUGUUUUCCCUGUAGUGCUGUACAUUGUGUUGGCACCGUGUAGUGCUGUACAUUUUGUUGGCACCGUGUAGUGCUGUACAUUGUGUUGGCACAGUGUAGUGCUGUACAUUGUGUUGGCACCCUGUAGUGCUGUACAUUGUGUUGGCACCGUGUAGUGCUGUACAUUGUGUGGGCACCGUGUAGUGCUGUACAUUGUGUUGGCACCCUGUAGUGCUGUACAUUGUGUUGGCACCGUGUAGUGCUGUACAUUGUGUUGGCACCCUGUAGUGCUGUACAUUGUGUUGGCACCCUGUAGUGCUGUACAUUGUGUUGGCACUGUGUAGUGCUGUACAUUGUGUGGGCACCGUGUAGUGCUGUAUAUUGUGUGGGCACCGUGUAGUGCUGUACAUUGUGUUGGCACCCUGUAGUGCUGUACAUUGUGUUGGCACCGUGUAGUGCUGUACAUUGUGUGGGCACCGUGUAGUGCUGUACAUUGUGUUGGCACCCUGUAGUGCUGUACAUUGUGUUGGCACCCUGUAGUGCUGUACAUUGUGUUGGCACAGUGUAGUGCUGUACAUUGUGUUGGCACCCUGUAGUGCUGUACAUUGUGUUGGCACCCUGUAGUGCUGUACAUCGUGUGGGCACCCUGUAGUGCUGUACAUCGUGUGGGCACCCUGUAGUGCUGUACAUUGUGUUGGCACCGUGUAGUGCUGUACAUUGUGUUGGCACCGUGUAGUGCUGUACAUUGUGUUGGCACCCUGUAGUGCUGUACAUUGUGUGGGCACCGUGUAGUGCUGUACAUUGUGUUGGCACCCUGUAGUGCUGUACAUUGUGUGGGCACCGUGUAGUGCUGUACAUUGUGUGGGCACCCUGUAGUGCUGUACAUUGUGUGGGCACCGUGUAGUGCUGUACAUUGUGUUGGCACAAACCGGGUGUUAUACAGUAAAAUAUGGAUAUAACAAACUACAAGGGACCAGAGAAAUCAGUUCGUUAUAUCUGUUGUUCGUUAUAUACGUUUUCGCUCGGAAAUGUCAGCAAUCUUGGAUAAAACAAAACACAAGACAUGUAAUUGCAGCAUUGAUUUGUAUUAGCAGUGAUCACUUCAUAGCAUUCAAUUGAUAACAUUUUAUAACAUUCAUUUAAUAACAUUAAAUUCUUAACAUUUUUCGAACAUUGUUAUGAAAUUCCUCUUACUUUUGCCCGCAAUGAUAGCAUAUGCAAGUGAACUGACACUUGGACACAAUCUCGUAAAAUUGAUAUGUUUAAUGUUUGUUUUACAGACAAGAUUACAUGUACAGGUAAGAUUAACACAAUGCAGUUUAGCAAGGUUGAUCCGUCAUCGCUGAUUGUGUUGAUUCGUGGUGAUUGUGUUGAUUAGUGGUGAUUGUGGUGAUUUGUGGUGAUUGUGUUGAUUCGUGGUGAUUGUGUUGAUUCGUGGUGAUUGUUUUGAUUCGCCGCUGAUUGCAUACAGCCAAUUGUCAGUGACACUUGACACUGAGUGAGAUUUCUUAGUUUGCUGUACACGUCACUAAUAAGUGAUAAAUGGGCUUGUCGGUGAUCAGAUAUCAGUUCGCUGUAUCCGUAAGUUCGCUGUAGAGAGUUUGUUAUAUCAUAAAUUUUAUAUGAUAUUAUAUUGGAGAUAAAUCGGGGAUUUUUUAACAGUUUGUUGUAUCCGUUUGUUCGUUAUGUCCGUGUUCGUUCUACUGUAUAUUGUUACAAAAUAUGACAUAGUGGUUAUUUGAGGACACAAUCUCUUUUAGCAAGCUCCAGAUAUAUAUUUGUUACAUUGUACAUUUGAAUGUUGUGUUUGUUGUUUGUUAUAUUAAACUGUAGGUAUUGUUAAGAAAUUGAUCAUUGUUGAUUGCAAUUUUGUUCCGAAUAUAAUUUUCCUAGAUACAUUCAAAGUGUUUAAAUGUCCAAGUGAAAGUGUUGAAAUGACAUGCUCUGUAAUCCGAUUCCAAAACAAAACAAAACUAUUUGAGAGUGUGGCCUGAUGUUACCGUCACCAUGGUGCAGUGGUGCAUGACAAUUAUUUUCAUUUGGCUGACAUGUACAUCUAUCUAGUGAUGCUUAGCAGUUAUAGGGAUACGUCAGGAAGUGUUCAUAUUUCUGUUAAUCAUACAAAAAUAACAUUGCAUACAUUUUGAGUGUGUGAAAUUACCUUUGAUCUUGAUAUUGUGAAUAAUUAAGUGAACACUUAACAACUGCAAUUAGUUUUUUAUUACUAAAAUCCUGGUUGGGUACCAUACACCAUCUGCUGACCUCUGUCCUGUUCCACACAAUGAGUGCUUGUAAGAGAUUAAAACUUGGGCUGGGACAAGUCCAAAUUUAUUACCCGGGUACCCGACACCCAUAAACCGGCCCUACCUGGAUACCCGCUAUAGGUCACAAGAGUUGGGUACAAAAUGUCCGAAUGGGAAUUGUUUUACCGCAGCCCUGGCAAAAACUAUUUAGAUACAUGUUUUAUACGAUCUGAUCAUGUACACACUGCAGUUGAUAGACGCUUUAUCCUUACUCGAACAUAUAAAAGUCAGAACGAAUACAUGCCUGCAUAGUGAGAAAGAAAUGUGAACAUUAACUAUACUUGUAGUGUAACCAUUGAGUUUUAUUGUUAAUGUCAUUAAACAGUAUGUCACGUGACUAACCAUGGGUCCAGGUAGUCAUGUGGGUACCCCGGUCGUACUCAGGACCCACCCUACCCGAGUUACCUGUCCCAGCCCAAAUUAAUACUCUGUGUAGACAACUGAAGGCAUCUUCAAUGUUGUUACUGAUAAGGCAUAAGUUGACAAUUCAACGGAUGAGCAGACAGAAAAACAACGUGAUGCCAUAAUGAAGUCAGAGGUGGAAGCAGGCAGCCAUUUGGGUUAAUGAUUUUGCUUGUCUUUUUUUAUCGCAUGUUUUACAGUUUUUUUGUUAAGUGUGAACGAAGGUAUUAAAAUUAGUGAAGUUUCUAUGUUGAGUUUACUGGCCACAAAAUUUGUGUAACCGACUAUGACCGAAUAUAGGCGGGCUUGUUGUUACAUGGCCUCCAACAGAGACCAUAUCUAUAGAGCCUCUAUAUAAAAAGCCCCCACCUCUACUGUAUUUACUUUGAAAUUGAUAGACAAUACCAUUGUGCAAAUUUACCUCAUGUAUGCACUGAUUUUGCUGUUUCCAUACCAUUUUUGCAUUAACAAGUUUCAGUUCAUCAGAUUCUGCAAAGUUGUACCUUAAGUGGCUGUUGAAUGUUUAUGUGGCUGAUCCCGUUAGUCACCUCUUCCGGCAAACAUGGUCACCACUUACGACCAACUUGGUGUGAUGAAAAUCCAUUUAACCCAGCUCUUCACGAGUCUGGCACAUUUUGUAGUGAAUGUUUGUUUAGAACAAUGACAUUUGUCUGCAAUUAAAACACAAAUUGACACAACAGAAGGUAACGAGCAUAACGCCAUGAAAAACUGAAUCUUACGACAAGCAUAGUUGCCUUUUACAGGAAACAUGGGUUACUGAAGACCUAUUCUAAUAUUCAAUAUUAGUGGGUGAUUGAUUGUAGUUUUUAGCCAGUGUCAGCAAUAUUACACAUGUUCACAGCAGUGUGAAAGUACUUGAGUCUGGACCAGGGUAUGACAACACACAAUCAGCUUGGUCACUCACUCUGAAGUGAUUGAUCCUUGUUUGAAAGUUCAUAACCUUUGGCCAAACAUUUUUUGGUUACUUGGAUGAUGGGUCUUCCAGCCCAGAUUUAUUACAGCUGUGGAGAAUUAUUUUUGUAGCAAGUAAUUUGACAAUUUUGGGUUGUGUGCACUGACUGUAGUUAAACAUGCUUUGAGUAAGUGAACCCUAGUAGUUCACUGUAAUGUUUGCAUUAUUUUGAGGCAAGUAAAUGAAACAUAACUAAUUUCCACCUUUGCAGCUGUCCCAAUUAAUGCUUUCUAUUUUUUAUCUCCAAACCUGGUGAACUAAGUAAUAAAAAAUGGCUGGCCAAAUGGACAAGAAGUUGAUGGAAUUUCUUGAUUUCUAGUUCACUCAAAUUUCAAAACCAGAAAGCCUUGCUUAGCUUGUUGUCAGCUCUGUUGCAUGGUGUGUAGCAGUGAUCACUGUACAUCGCUGGUUCUUGUUCACAGGGCAUGUAUGUAUAUACCAUAUAUUAGAGUAGAGUAGAGACCAUGUGGUGGAAAACGUGCCAGGUCAGUAACCUUGACCAAGGUUUUUUGAAAGUAUAUUGCAAGAACUCUGAUCUUUAAGCAAGGGCCUAUGGAAGUCACUAGCCUAUAUAUGCAGGCUGAUAUGUACAUUGAAAGAAAUCUGUGUUAUGUGAUGAGACAAGUGUUAUUGUCUCUCACUGACAACUUCGAGUUCAACUAGUAUCAUGUUGAUAAAUUACUCAUUAUUCAGCAUGCCUCAUGAUCAAUCAAAACCAACCAAGUGUGAUAUAUCACAGUCAAUAUACUAAUACUUAUUCAUAGGCAGCUUAUUGUAUUAGAUGAGCUCUGUAAGUGAAGGGGCAGACUGUAGUGUUCAGGGAAUGUUCAGUGCAAUCACUCACUAGGUUCUGCCUCCAUACAGAUGAUGCUUUGACUGUUUAUCUAUAUAUAAUACUCACACUGGCAAUGAACCUCAACAAUAAUGUAUGCUGUUGGGCGAUUUCAUUACUCAGUUUUGCAAAAAAUGGGAUAUUCAUAUUCCCUGAGCAAAGGCUUUAAGUUGCUGUACCAAUUAUAAUUGGAGGCCUUGAUUUUGUUAGCUCACCUGAGUCGAAGUGAGCUAAUGUUGUGACCUGGAUGUCCCACCAUCCAUCAUCCAUCAUAGUCAUCUGCACCGAUGAAGCAGAAACUUCAUGUGCUUGUCCACACCAGUGAUGAGACUCCAAUAUUUGUUCAGGAGGUUCUGAUCCUAACUUCAAUAUGGCCAUAAUGUCAGCCCUAUUGGAAACCCUGUUUGUGGGGACCAUUCAGUCGUGCGUGUCAAUAUGUUUCAUUCUUGAUUUAACCUUUCCCUAAGAAACUGCUGGACCAAUGAAGAUAAAACUUGCCAAGCUUGUUCCCACCUAUCAUAAUGCCUAAAAAAUCAGAUCCGUUUUAAAUCCAAUUUUCAAUAUGGCCAUCAUGGAAGUCAUAACAUGUUUUGUGUAGGAUUAACGAAGUAUGACAGGUAUUUAACUUUGUUGGACAUGGAAUCUGUGUAACCAAAUUUGCAUUCAUGAUAUGAACUGAUAUGUAAAUAAAAAUCUAAAUAAGCAUAAUAUGCUUCUUUAAAAAAUAAAAUUUGAUGUAAAGUGUUGUUGCAAAUAAAGCAUUAUGGAAAUGUUUUGCAAAUGAAGCAUUGUGGAAAUGUUUCAUAUUAAUCAAAUGAUCUUCAUUACUUUUGGAGAAGACAUUUAGAUAUCACUUCUGACAGCUACUGUUUAGUGUCUUUUUAACUGUCGACUGUUGACAUACAGGGGAUCUACAGUGCCAUGGCACAAUUCAUCAAAAGAAAAACUUUUAUGCAGUGCAUAUUCUGGCCUCAUUCAAAGUUAAGUCAUUAAAACAUUUUCACUUCAAUCUAAGUUUCGACUGAUCUGGUUACUGUUGCAUGUCCAUUACUCAGCCACAGAUUGUCUUGGUUUUGUCUUGGCAAUUGAUCUUCAAUCAUUUUGUAAUGCUAUUAAAGGUUUGGACCCAAUGUGUAAAAAAAUCAGUUUGGUAAUGUUCUUUUCCUCAUCAGUUUAGAUAACUACUACAGAAGUGUAAAAUCUGAGAAAUAUGAAACUGACGGAGCACUUCUUUGAUAUAUUCACUUGUAGUAUUUCAUUUCAUAAUGGCAAUGCCAAACAUCCCUUUCACAGAGUUGGUAAAGUAACACAUGAAAUGUAGAAAACCUGAUCUAUUUUCAGGCAGUUGAAGCACUGGAACAAUGACUAGAAACAAUGAAUGUCUUAUGAAAAUCUACCUCAGCCUAUGGUAUGCGUUCACAUAUCUGAUGUAUCUCUGGUGGUAUAUGAAACACGCUAUGAUUGGUUGUGAUUAAAUAGAUGAACUAAGGAUAAUUAUAAAUAAUAAUAAUAAUAAUACUUAUUUUCAUGUACAAGAAUUGAAAUCUUACCAUGUAGUUUAUUCAGGGUAUAUACUUCUCCUUAAAAGGGAAUUCAUAGAACACAUAGUUCAAAUUCAGGUUCUUUGGAUGAUAGGUAAAAAAAUGUUUAGUGUUCUGUUUUUAUAUUGUUUAACUUAUUCGGUUGUUUCAUAUGGACCUAUACGGUUAAAAUAUAAGCAGUUUACAAUAUUGUUUUCGGGGAUAGUUCAGAAGCAAUGCAGGUGUACACUAUCCCAUAUAGCUGUUACUACUCUCCAAGGGAUAAUCAUUUCUUGGCACAUUCAUUGUAAAUGUGCAGCUUGUUGGUCCUUUUAUGUGUAGAGGUCUAUUUUGCUUCACCUAGAGUAUAAUACACAUUAUAUUUUUAUAAUUGUCAUUGUCAUGUCAUCUAUGUCAAUAAAGUUUUCUUCUGCCGAGUC